AGCACUAGCAUCCAAAUUUGGAUUCACCAAAAACACACUCACAACUUCCAAAUUCCAAUCCAACCCCACUCAUAUUGUAUAAAUCACCAUCUCAAUCUCAAUCAAACCAUGAACCUUCAACCUUUUGAAAGUACCCAUUAAACCCACCACCACCACCUUCUCCCUCACAAUAUCCACCUUUCUCACCAUGUCCCCUCUCCUCCCCCUCUCUUUUCUCCUCCUCAUCCUCACCCUCUCCUCCGCCUCCCACAGCCACAACAACCACCACCACCAUUCCCCCACCCCCUCCCUCCCCGACGCCACCGCCGCGCCAGAAAUCCAGCAAGCCUGCAAGGCCACCCGCUUCCCCCAGCAAUGCGAAUCCUCCCUCUCCCACCUCCCUCCUAACCCAACCUCUCUCCAGCUCCUCCAAUCCGCCAUCUCCGCCACCUCCACCAACCUCGCCACCGCCCAAUCCAUGGUCAAGUCCAUCCUCGACUCCGCCUCCGGCAGCCGCAACCGCUCCGUCGCCGCCACCACCUGCCUCGAGGUCCUCGCCAACUCCCAGCACCGCAUUUCCCUCGCCAACGACUCCCUACCUCACGGCAAGAACAAAGACGCCCGAGCCUGGCUGAGCGCCGCCCUCGCCUACCAAUACGACUGCCGGAACGGCCUCAGCUACGCCAACGACUCCCGCUCCGUCGGGGAAGCCAUGUCAUUCAUCGACUCCGUCUCCAUUCUCGCCAGCAACGCCCUCACCAUGACCUUCGCCUACGACGUCUUCGGAAACGACACCGCGUCGUGGAAGCCACCAGCAACCGAGCGGAACGGAUUCUGGGAGAACGGCUCCGGCGCCGGCUCCGGCCACGUCACCGACGGAGAUUUCCCGACGAAGGAGAGCGCGGACGUGACGGUGUGUAAGGGAGGGUGCAGUUACAAGACGGUGCAGGAGGCGGUUAACGCCGCGCCGGAUAACGGCGUUGAGGGGAAGAGGUUUGUGAUAUACAUUAAAGAAGGGGUUUAUGAAGAGACCGUUAGGGUUCCGUUAGAGAAACGGAAUGUGGUGUUCUUGGGAGAUGGCAUGGGGAAGACGGUAAUCACCGGCUCUGCAAAUGUGGGACAGCCGGGGAUGACGACUUACAACUCAGCCACCGUCGCUGUUCUUGGCGAUGGAUUCAGGGCAAAGGAUCUCACAAUCCAAAACACAGCAGGUCCUGAUGCUCACCAAGCAGUGGCCUUUAGAUUAGACAGUGAUCUUUCUGUGAUUGAGAAUUGUGAAUUCUUAGGCAAUCAAGACACCCUCUAUGCUCACUCCCUGCGCCAAUUCUACAAAUCAUGCCGCAUUGAGGGCAACGUGGACUUCAUCUUCGGAAACUCUGCUUCAAUUUUCCAGGACUGCCAAAUCCUGGUUCGUCCCCGGCAACUCAAGCCGGAGAAAGGCGAGAACAAUGCGGUCACGGCACAUGGCAGAACAGACCCUGCACAGGCCACAGGCUUUGUUUUCCAGAACUGCUUGAUCAAUGGCACUGAGGAUUACAUGGCAUUGUACCACAGCAACCCAAAAGUGCACAAGAACUACUUGGGCAGGCCAUGGAAGGAGUACUCUAGGACAGUUUUUAUUCAUUCAUUGUUGGAAGCUCUAGUCACUCCUCAGGGUUGGAUGCCAUGGAAUGGUGAGUUUGCCCUCAAGACACUUUAUUAUGGGGAGUUUGAGAAUUCUGGACCAGGUUCUGAUUUGUCUCUGAGGGUUUCCUGGAGUAGCAAGGUCCCUGCUGAGCAUGUGUUGACAUAUUCAGCGGAGAAUUUCAUUCAAGGUGAUGAUUGGAUUCCAUCAUCUCAGUUAUCAAAGCAUCAUCGCCGCAAGGGUCAUCGUCAUGGAACCGGUAGAACAAGACAUCAGUAAUUGGGGGACUUUUAUUCACCCCGCAUUUGUAAUUACAUUACCAGUUACAAAUACAAUAAACAUAUCUAGAUCUCAAAAGUAUGGGAAAUAACUCCAUAUCAGUUUAUAAAAUUCUGUUUGGAAACUCUUCUACAAUUGAUUUUGUCCGCAACUACUGAAAGCUUCUGUGAGUAUUUUGUCUUUAAGAAUUCCAAAUAUGUUAAAGUCUUGCA